GGAAAACACAGGAUGAAGAUGAAGUGGGUCGAGAUGGUGCUCAACUAGUCAACACCUCGUUUCUAAACAAAUAUCUGGAAGAGCAGAAAUUCCACAGCGUGGAGUUCGAAGUGUUUAGCAACACAGCGGAAGUGUCGGUGCACGGAGUGUGCGUGAGACUUCGACGGGGACUCAGGUGGCACGAUGUGGGCUCGGCUACUGGUUGGGCUUGGGGGCUCGGGGCUCGGGUUCCGGGCUUUCCGAGACGGUUUACUGCGGGUCGCUGGAGCUGGAUGUGCGGGGAGGAGGCAGCAACAGAGGCAGGCUUCAGCCGCGGAGCCUUCUUUGAAGAAGACUCCACUGUUUGACUUCCACAGAGAGAAUGGUGGGAAAAUGGUUGAGUUUGCGGGCUGGAGUAUGCCUGUCCAGUACAAAGACAGUCACAUCGCAUCACACGUGCACACCAGGGAGCACUGCUCCAUCUUUGAUGUCAGCCACAUGCUGCAGACCAAAGUCCAUGGCAAAGAUAGGGUGAAGUUCAUGGAGUCUCUGGUGGUUGCAGAUAUUGCAGAACUGAAGGACAACCAGGGUAUAUUGUCCCUCUUCACCAAUGAGAAAGGUGGGAUUAUUGAUGACCUUAUAGUGACAAAGACAGACUGUGGCUACCUGUACAUUGUCUCCAAUGCCGGCUGUGCUGACAAGGACUCGGCUCAUAUGAAGGCCAGGCUGGCAGAGUUCAGAGCUGCAGGUCUUGAUGUGGAUCUGGAGUUUCUUGAUGAAGCGCUGAUUGCUGUGCAAGGACCAACCAUGUCACAUGUGCUCCAGGAGGGGCUGAAGGAAGACCUUGGUAAGCUAAGCUUCAUGACCUCCACCCUGGCUACCGUGUUUGGUGUCCCUGGCUGCAGGGUCACACGCUGUGGAUACACUGGAGAGGAUGGGGUGGAGAUCUCUGUCCCUCAGUCCAGAGUGGUGGAGCUGACAGAGAAGCUGAUGGCUAACAGAGAGGUGAAACUGGCCGGCCUGGGCGCCAGAGACAGUUUGAGGCUUGAGGCGGGACUUUGUCUCUAUGGCAGUGACAUAGAUGAGACCACCACACCUGUGGAAGCUGCCCUUGUCUGGACCAUCGGAAAGCGACGGCGCCAGACCAAGGAUUUCCCUGGCGCUGACAUCGUCAUACCUCAGAUCAAAUCCAAGACAGCCAGGAAGAGAGUCGGCCUGGUGUCCACUGGCCCCCCUGUCAGGCAACACACGCCCGUUCUCAGCCCUGAUGGAAAGGUCAUAGGCAAGGUGACCAGUGGCUGCCCCUCUCCGUGUCUGAAAAAGAACAUUGCUAUGGCUUAUGUGGAUGCGGCAUUCGCUAAGAAUGAAACUGCUCUCCAGGUUGAGGUCAGGAAGAAAGCAGUGCCUGCCACAGUCAGCAAGAUGCCCUUUGUCCCCACCAACUAUUUUUAUGGAUAAGUACAUCCACAUAUAGAUAGGUGUGCUGGUCUAAUGUCAUCAGUCACAGUCAUUUGCUUUUCAUUUUUAUCAUAGACAUUCAAUCUGAAACACAAGGGAAGUCCAAGUACUAUGUGCAGGACAAUUUAAAUAGCAGUCAGUAUUCUACCUGGGUGAGUUUAAAAAAUACAGUAUGAAUAACAUGGUUUCAUGGAUAGAUGUGUAAUAAAUAAUGAGCAAUUUAUUACAAGCAGCGUGGUUGAGUUUGAGAAUGUGUGUAUAUGACUCCAGUGUGGACUUGCACAGAUGUUCUGUUAUGCUCUUUCUAUUGUGUAAGUGGACAACAGGUUCAACACAAUCAAAUUGCCGCACUUUCAGUAAGAAAACAAAAUGAAAAAGCAUGUAUCCAUUAAACACUAAUAUUUAAUUAUUCUUUUGCUGUAGAAUAUAAGUUUUGUUAAUGAAGCAUCAUUUUUAUUUGUCACUGCUGGACCAGGACAGCACGGUGGCGCAGUGGUUAGCACCGUUGCCUCACA